AUGAAACUAAGAGCCCAGGACCAUGCUUCUCGCUCCGGCGCGAGCGUCUAUGCAGGGAUCCCUCCUUUGCCGUUGAAGCGCAGCAAUGUACCACCGGCGGCUCCUGCGACCAGGGAGAAGAAAGACACGAGGGAAGAAAGCGCUAGAUCCAGCCUGAGAAGCAGCGUGUCGAGCUUUGUGGCAGAAUCGAUUGGAGAGAUCGGCAUGGAACCCGUGGCAAGGGAUACUUCCUACGGCAGGGCGUUGAAUGCCGAAAUGGCUCCUCCGACAGUGAAGCAAACCAGUGCAGAAGCCGCACAAGCUGGCUCCUGGCCAGCGGCGGAGCCAGUGACCAGGGAGAAGAAGGACACGAGGGAAGAAAGCGCUAGAUCCAGCCUGAGAAGCAGCGUGUCGAGCUUUGUGGCAGAAUCGAUUGGAGAGAUCGGCAUGGAACCCGUGGCAAGGGAUACUUCCUACGGCAGAGUUUUGAGUGCCGAAAUGGUUCCUCCAACAGUGAAGCAAACCAGUGCAGAAGCCGCACAAGCUGGCUCCUGGCCAGCGGCGGAGCCAGUGACCAGGGAGAAGAAGGACACGAGGGAAGGAAGUGCUAGAUCCAGCCGGAGAAGCAGCGUGUCGAGCUUUGAGGCAGGAUCGAUUGAGGAGAUCAGCAUGGAACCCGUGGCAAGGGAUACUUCCUACGGCAGAGCGUUGAGUGCCGAAAUGGCUCCUCCAACAGUGAAGCAAACCAGUGCAGAAGCCGCACAAGCUGGCUCCUGGCCAGCGGCGGAGCCAGUGACCAGGGAGAAGAAGGACACGAGGGAAGAAAGUGCUAGAUCCAGCCGGAGAAGCAGCGUGACGAGCUUUGUGGCAGAAUCGAUUGAAGAGAUAGGCAUGGAACCCAUGGCAAGGGAUACUUCCUACGGCAGAGUUUUGAGUGCCGAAAUGGCUCCUCCAACAGUGAAGCAAUCCAGUGCAGAAGCCGCACAAGCUGGCUCCUGUCCAGCGGCGGAGCCAGUGACCAGAGAGAAAGACACGAGGGAAGAAAGCGCUAGAUCCAGCCUGAGAAGCAGUGUGUCGAGCUUUGCGGCAGAAUCGAUUGAAGAGAUCAGCAUGGAACCCGUGGCAAGGGAUAUUUCCUACGGCAGAGUUUUGAGUGCCGAAAUGGCUCCUCCAACAGUGAAGCAAACCAGUGCAGAAGCCGCACAAGCUGGCUCCUGGCCAGCGGCGGAGCCAGUGACCAGGGAGAAGAAGGACACGAGGGAAGAAAGUGCUAGAUCCAGCCGGAGAAGCAGCGUGUCGAGCUUUGAGGCAGGAUCGAUUGAGGAGAUCAGCAUGGAACCCGUGGCAAGGGAUACUUCCUGCGGCAGAGUUUUGAGUGCCGAAAUGGCUCUUCCGACAGCGAACCAAAACAGUGCAGAAGCCGCACAAGUUGGCUCCUGGCCAGCGACGGAGCCGGUGUCGUCGAGCUUUGGGGCAGGAUCGAUUGACGAGAUCAGCAUGGAACCCGUGGCAAGGGAUACUUCCUACGGCAGAGCGUUGAGUACCGGAAUGGCUCCUCCAACAGUGAAGCAAACCAGUGCAGAAGCCGCACAAGCUGGCUCCUGUCAAGCAGCGGAGCCAGUGACCAGGGAGAAGAAAGACGCGAGGGAAGAAAGCGCUAGAUCUAGCCGGAGAAGCAGCGUGUCGAGCUCUGUGGCAGAGUCGAUUGAAGAGAUCGGCCUCGAAUCCGUACCACACCAGGGAUAUCAGAGCCUGAUGGCACGUGAGCACUUAACACGUUGCGGUGGUUCACAGGAACCGCGUGUUUUGUCUGGAGUAUUUGCUGAUGACCUUGAGGAGAUCAGCGUGGAGCCGGUGUUCGCCACGGAGACGGUUGCCCAGACCCAGCAUCAUCCUUCUUUCUCCGACAGGACGCUCGGUGCCGAAAUCGGUCCUGCAACGAUCCAAGGCAGUGCGGAAGCACGAGCUAGCUCCUUGGCAAGGGCGGCACCAGCGACAAUGGGAAAGAAAGACGAGAAGGAGGGAGCUGCGAUGAUCAGCCAGAGAAGCAGCGCAUCGAGCUCUGUAGCAGAUGCAGCCGAAGAGAUCAGUAUGGAACCGGAACCCAGGACAAAUCGCAUGGCGUCGGACUUGCUGGAAUCUCGGCAAGCUGAAACCAACGGUCCACUCUUCGUAAUGCAGGCUUCUGGUGCUUCGACGCUUGAAAGUGUCGAUGCUGGCUUGAACAGAUCGCAGCAAGGUCGCGCAGACGGAGGCGGUACCUCAAGCAGACAGGAAGCCCUCACAGGCCGCAGCUGCAGUCACAGCAGCAGCGGGGCCAGCAGCACAGACAUGAAAUGUCCAGAGCCUGAACCUGCCCCACAAAAGCAAGAUGCUUGCCUGCAAUAUGUGAUCGUUUUUCAGACCUCGGCGGCUCCUGGCGGCUGCCCGAGCCUCGGAAAGCCUUCCGUAAACGAUGCCGAUCCCCAGAGCGUCCCUCUCGGGCCCGUCUCGGGGGCGGAUCUCUGGCAAGACUUGGUAUGGCACCAGGCUUUGGACAACGCCCAGUGUUAG